AAAUAUUCUCAAAGCUCCAGCUCUAAAUUGAUGGCUUCGGUAUGACGUAAGUGACGGCCAAAAGCGACCAUGCGACCAUGAUGUGGGUGUCGGGCAGAUCGCAUCGGCAUUGCGGGCACCGUAUCUUUUACACAAUCAAGCGACGAUAAAGAAUAAGCGAGAUACAAGUGCUUUCCUGUUGGUUUCUCCUCGUUUCUCCUCGUUUCUCAAGAUGCGAUCAUUCUGCAAAGCCGUCGCCUUCUUGGCAUUCUCAUCAGCCUUCAGCAGUGCAUUUAUGCUGACUCCUCGGCAUGCCAACAAUCUGAUAUCCACGAGAGUAUCAAAACCGAUUCCAUCCUCUCGAUUGACAAGCACUUCGUCACCGGGUGGGGAUGGGUCUGGUUCUCCAUCCAAACUGGAGAGACUGGCAGCAUCGUUUUCCCAAUCAGCUGCCGUCAAUAUUUCCAAACGAUACAAGGAUGCAGGCCCCGUCUCCGACCAAACAGGUUUAUUCAAUGUGAUCACUCUUAUACGAGUUGGGAUCCCCUCAGUUUUGGGAGGUAUCUUUGCUACGCUGGUCUUUCCAGCUAUGUCACUUUUCUUGGCUUCCAUUAUGAAUGAUGCUGGGGUGUUCACAGUUCUGUCACAAGACUCUAGUCAAUUUGUGCAAAACUUUUUGACAGUCAGUGGCCUUUUGUUUUCAAUCCUUGUUGGCCAAACGUACUAUUUCAUGUACCAACAGCAGGAAAUGGUCUACUAUGCCCUGUUCAAUGAAGUCACAGAAGCAAAGUCCUUGCUGGAACAAGUGGCACUGGUGUGUCAAGGCCGAAGUAUGUAUCGAAGGGUGUUGGAAUCAAUCUCUCAGUAUGUCCGCUAUGAUUUGAAGGCUCUGACAUCCGAUCCAGCAGUCCUGCUAAGCUCUAGACCCGUGGAUGAUCCUCUCGAAUCAAUCAUGUACCUGACUAGUGUAGGCGUGCCCAGCAGUGUCUAUGAAACAGUGAGAAGCCUUCGUCAGGCGCGCGCUAGUCGCCUUGGAGCUUUGCAAAGAAAGUUGCCAGGUGCCCACAUGGUGCUCCUAUGGAUUUUGGCAGCAAUUGAACUAGUGAGUUUCCCAUUGCUUGGAGCAGGAACGCAGGUCAUUGGAGGAUACAAGAUUUUGACUGUUGAAGGGUGCCUGUUUGGAGUCAUGACGGCAGGCAUCAUUUUGACUCUGAGGGUUGUUGGUGAGCUGUGGCGCCCAGCUGGAGGUGCUUACAAUGUCGAUGAUGUACUCAGCGUCAUGGUAAGUGGUUUGGAAGAAGAGCUCAAGGCUCGAAUCAAUGGCAACCAAGUGUAUUCUUCGAACAACUUGAGCCCGUCGGCUCCCAAGGAUCAAGGGGAUGACACCAGAGCCGCCAUUUCUGAAGGUACCUCGACCUCCAUGAAUGCUGCCAAGCCCACACGGCGCUCUUUGAAACAGGUGGGCAAAUGGAUGCUGAAAACUAGACGGAGAACAUGAUAGAUGAAUGACGCACCUGUCGAUACCCGUUCAAAGUGCUGGAAGCUAGUAAAGUUAAUCUCAGCGACUGAGUUUUCUAAUGUAUCGUAUUGAGCUACAUGUU